CUUGGGGCUUUUCUUUCACCAGCCAGCCUGGUCAGAGCCUGGGUUUCCCAUUUUGGUGCAGUGGAUUGCGGGCUCGCCGCCGCCCCCGCUGCUGCUCCUGCCGCUGCUCUUUCUACCUCUUUCCCUUUCCCUGUCCUUGCUCUUCUGACCUAGGUCGGGAUCACCCCGUGCACCCCACGCCGGACCAGCAGCUGCGGCUGCCGUUGUCGCCGCCUCGGGUGCCCCAAGAGAGAAAAGGGCAGCUUGCCCCUCCCCCGCUCCCGCCCCCAGUCCUGGACUCGUGGAGUCUGGAGCGGCGGCAGGAGCUGGCGGGAGGAGGGGACUCCUCAGCCAGUCCGUGCCUUUCUUUUUGCGCUGCGAGUCCGGCUCCUGCUGCGGCGGCUGCACAGCCCAAGCCUGAGACCAGGCGGGAAGGGAGGAAGGCGGCGGCACGUCCCCGAUCUGGCCGCCUAGCUUUGGUGGCUUUAGGGCUUUAGAGCUGGGGGCCUGACCGGACAGAUCCUGUGCCCUUGGGGCCAUUCUAACUUAGGGGGGCUUGCCUCCUCCUGGCCCGGCUCAGCUUCUUGCAUGGAUACAUCAUGGCUACGCUUGUUUGCAGGGUGCAGUUCCUAGAUGAUACAGACCCUUUCAACAGCACCAACUUUCCCGAGCCUAGCCGGCCUCCGCUGUACACUUUCCGGGAAGACAUCGCCCUCGUUACCCAACUGGCUGGGAUCCACCGAUUGCUCCGGGCACCCCACAAGCUUGAUGACUGUACACUGCAACUCUCUCACAAUGGUACAUAUUUGGAUUUGGAAUCAACUUUAGCUGAGCAACGAGAUGAACUAGAAGGCUUCCAGGAAGACGCUGGGAGGGGCAAGAAGCAUAGCAUAAUCCUAAGGACCCAACUCUCAGUGAGAGUCCACGCCUGCAUUGAAAGGCUGUACAACUCCAGUGGUCGAGAGUUAAGAAGGGCCCUUUUCUCCUUGAAGCAGAUAUUUCAGGAUGACAAGGAUUUGGUACAUGAAUUUGUUGUGGCUGAAGGUCUCACUUGCUUAAUAAAAGUGGGAGCAGAGGCAGACCAGAAUUAUCAAAACUACAUACUUAGAGCUUUGGGCCAGAUUAUGUUGUAUGUAGACGGGAUGAAUGGAGUAAUAAAUCAUAAUGAAACCAUUCAAUGGCUGUAUACUCUCAUUGGUUCAAAGUUCCGCCUCGUGGUGAAAACUGCCCUGAAGUUACUGCUGGUGUUUGUGGAAUACACUGAGUCAAAUGCUCCCCUUUUAAUUCAAGCCGUCUCUUCUGUUGAUGCAGAAAGAGGAGUCAAGCCAUGGUCAAAUAUAAUGGAGAUCUUGGAAGAGAAAGAUGGAGUUGACACAGAGCUGCUGGUUUAUGCCAUGACUUUAGUGAAUAAGACUCUAUCAGGAUUGCCAGAUCAAGAUGCUUUCUAUGAUGUGGUAGAUUGUCUGGAGGAGCUCGGCAUUGAAGCUAUUUCUCAGAGACACUUGAACAAGAAAGGGACAGACUUGGAUUUGGUGGAACAAUUCAACAUCUAUGAGAUGACAUUGAGGCACGAAGAUGGUGAUGAGAAUGCUGAACCUCCCCCCAAUGGACGGAAAGACAGGCGAAGGGCUAGUCUGGGUUCAAGUGAGCAUCGAGGCUUAAAUCGAAGGCGGAGCCGAAGGCACUCAGUUCAGAGUGUUAAAAGCACUUUAUCAGCUCCUACGAGUCCCUGUAACCAGCCAGCUCCUAGCUUCAAACUCAGCCAAAGCCAUCCUGUUGGAGAUCUCAGUGAAAAAGAGGAGGAGGAGGAGGAGGAGGAAUUUGAAGAAGAAGAGCAACCAAUCACAGAACCCAAUUCAGAGGAUGAGAGAGAGGAAGAUGCCUCCUGUCAGGUUAAAGAGAGUGAAGGCAACUCUCCAUCUGAGAUAAAUCAAGUUGAAAAUGAUAACAUUUCAGAGAGUUCUGAAAUUUCAACUUCCACAAGUACAAUGUCUCAAGGAAAGUGGAUUUCUCCAAAUGAUAAAUCAAAGAGUCCAUCUUGCAACUCAUCAUUUGUAUCUGGUUCAUCUCCUGGAUCAUCCCUCUGUCAUGCUUCUCAUUUGCCAUCCUCAUCUGUGUCAGUUUUUACUACUUCCUCAUCAGCUUCUACUCAUCAGAAGGCAUCUCCGGUGGUAGAAAAGUUGCCUUAUAUACCACAUACUCCUUUUCACCUUUUCUCUUAUGAUUUUGAGGACUCUCCUUUAACUGCAAAAGAAAAGGAAAGAGAAGUCCAGAAAGAAAACAGUGCAUCAGACCCUGUACAUUUGAACAAGUACUCUGAUUCUGAUUCUGAUCCCUACAAUUUCCGAUCUUUCUCUUCUAAUAGAUAUAGCAACUAUGGCAGCAGCUCUUAUUUCUCGACAAGAGGCUAUUCAGGAUCAAGUGCACCUACAACACCUACUUCAUCCCUCUCAUCCUACCAGGAGUCCAAAUCAGAAAGGUCACCACUGAGUGGUCUCCUAACAUCAUCAUUUCGUCAACACCAAGAAUCAUUAGCAGCAGAAAGAGAAAGGAGACGCCAAGAGAGAGAAGAGAGGUUACAAAGGAUAGAACGGGAAGAAAGAAACAAAUUCAACCGAGAUUAUUUAGACAAAAGAGAGGAGCAAAGGCAAGCAAGAGAAGAAAGAUACAAAUACUUGGAGCAGUUGGCAACGGAGGAGUAUGAGAAGGAGCUGAGAAGUCGGAGUACAAGCCGAGGCAGGACUGAACUCUGCUUAGACUUGAGUGCUCCUGCAGCCCCGACUUCUCCCCUUCCCAAGUGCAUUAGCCCAUCGUCCAUACAGUCCCGAGAGGAGCUUAAGGAAACUUCAGUCUCCCAAGGAACAACCCAGCCUGCUGAAGUGAGGGCAAGUGACCCUGAGCCUGAAGCAGAGACUGAGACAGAAAGAGUGGAAGCAGGAGAAGGACACAAAGCCGAGGCUGGAGCAGAGCAGAGGGUGGAUGUGCCGCCAUCUCAGGAAGUGUUAUGUCGGCGAGGAAGACCAAAAAGUGAGGGGACCCAAGGACCAGAAGAAAGUGCAAUACUCAGUGAGAAGGAAAGGCAGAAUGAAGAAGUGAAUGAAAAAGACAACUGCUCAGCCUCCAGCAUCUCCUCCACAAGCAGCACUUUAGAGAGAGAAGAAAAAGAGAGCAAGUUAACCAGUGAUAAUGAAGCUGGUCUAUGGUCACAGACCAUUCAGGAUGCUGGUGUAAAUGAGCAGUGUAGCAACAUUCUCAACAAUAAGAGGUUUAUGCUGGACAUGUUGUAUGCCCAUAAUAAAAAACCCAAGGAUGAAGAGGAGAAGGAGCUGGAGAAAGUGGAGGAAAGGAAGAGGACAGAAGAAGGUGAGGAGCCUAUCACCUGCGUAGCCAGUAGGAUCUCUGUUCUUCAGGCCAAUUCACAGGCUAAAGAUGAAAACGUCAGAAAGAUGGAGAUUGAAAAUUUGGAUAACCAGGGCAGUGUGAAAGCCUUUGCUGAGAAGUUCAACAGCGGGGAGCUCACAAAAGGCACAGCCUCAUCCGAGAUGGGGAUUGGCGAACAGGUCUCUGAAAAGACACAAGCACAACCAAAGAAGGAGUCGGACUACAUCUGGGAUCAGCUCAUGGCCAAUCCUAGGGAACUUAAAAUCAAAGAGAUGGACUUCACAGACUUGGGAGAUGAGGAUGAUAUAGAUGUUUUGGACAUGGAUUGGGGUCCUAGGGACUCACUCAUUCCUCCUCCUCCACCUCCACCUUCCUUUUUGUGUUUGCCUCCACCUCCCCCUCCCCCUCUUUUUGAUUGCUCAUCUCCAACUCCAGCCCCUGCUAAUUUAUUGGCUCCUCCCCCAAUGUUUGGCACUCCUCAGGGUUUAGGGUGGCCCCAGGUUCCUAGGGGUCAGCCAGCAUUUACAAAGAAGAAGAAAACCAUCCGUCUCUUUUGGAAUGAGGUGCGGCCAUUUGAGUGGCAGUGUAAAAACAAACGCUGCAGAGAAUUCCUGUGGUCGAAACUGGAACCCAUUAAAGUGGAUACUUCCAAACUGGAGCACCUCUUUGAAUCUAAAUCCAAGGAACUGUCUGUCACAAAGAAAACGGCUGCAGAUGGAAAGCGACAAGAAAUCAUUGUUUUGGACUCCAAGCGCAGUAAUGCCAUUAACAUUGGACUGACUGUAUUACCCCCUCCAAGGACAAUCAAGAUUGCCAUUUUGAAUUUUGAUGAAUAUGCCUUAAACAAAGAAGGCAUUGAGAAAAUCCUCACCAUGAUUCCAACGGAAGAGGAAAAGCAAAAAAUCCAGGAGGCCCAAAUGGCCAACCCGGAUCUCCCUCUGGGCAGCGCCGAGCAGUUCCUGCUGACGCUCUCCUCCAUCAGCGAGCUGUCUGCCAGGCUCCAGCUCUGGGCUUUCAAAAUGGACUACGAAGUCAUAGAAAAGGAGGUAGCAGAACCACUUUUGGAUCUGAAGGAAGGAAUAGAUCAGUUGGAAAAUAACAAAACCCUGGGUUUCAUUCUGUCAACUUUGUUGGCAAUUGGGAACUUCCUCAAUGGUUCCAAUGCUAAAGCGUUUGAAUUGAGCUACCUCGAGAAGGUUCCAGAAGUCAAAGACACUGUGCACAAGCAGUCUCUCCUACAUCAUGUGUGCACCAUGGUGGUGGAAAAUUUCCCAGACAGUACAGAUCUAUAUUCUGAGAUUGGGGCCAUCACUAGGUCAGCCAAGGUUGACUUUGAUCAACUUCAAGACAACUUAUGUCAAAUGGAACGAAGAUGCAAAGCAUCAUGGGAUCACCUCAAGGCAAUUGCCAAACAUGAAAUGAAACCAGUUCUAAAGCAAAGAAUGUCUGAGUUUCUGAAAGACUGUGCAGAAAGAAUUAUAAUUCUGAAGAUUGUUCACAGAAGAAUAAUUAAUAGAUUCCACUCCUUCUUGCUAUUUAUGGGCCACCCCCCCUACGCAAUCCGUGAUGUGAACAUCACCAAGUUCUGUAGAAUCAUCAGUGAGUUUGCCCUGGAAUAUCGCACUACCCGGGAGCGGGCCUUACAGCAGAAACAGAAACGGGCCAACCACAGAGAGAGGAAUAAGACCCGAGGGAAAAUGAUCACUGAUACCGAUGAAGAUGAUGAAGUUGAGACUGGAAAGUUCUCCAGCAAUUCCACUCCCUCCCAGAGCCAACCACAGGGACUGGACUAUGCAGAAGAUGCAGCUGAACAUGAACAUAUGAAGGCUGUGCUGAAAACCUCCUCCCUUGGUGAAGAGGGCACCUCAGUGCUGGGAGUCCGGACACGAAGCCGAGCCAGUCGAGGCUCCACCAGCAGCACGUGGCAUGCUGGCAUUGAUGACUCACCUAAUGUUACAGACGAUGCAGCUGAUGAGAUCAUGGAUAGAAUCGUCAAAUCAGCCACCCAAGUGCCCAGUCAACGAGUCGUGCCAAGAGAAAGAAAACGAUCACGCGCAAAUAGAAAAUCAUUAAGAAGAACUCUGAAGAGUGGACUGACACCAGAAGAAGCCAAAGCCCUAGGCCUGGUCAGCACCUCUGAGAUGCAGCUGUGAUGUCAGCAGAGGUGAUAACAAGAACUCUCUCCUCCUAAAAUCAAGAUAAACUCUUUCAUGUGGCACCUACCCUGGGCUCAUGGGCCCACAACAUAGUGGCCUGUGUUGUUUAAUUGUAACAAAAUGUAUAGCUGGGACAAAAGGGUGUAUUACCGAGCCACACACAAAUCGUUCCAACAGCUAUGAAAAGGAGUGUCUGUAUUUCUAGGUGGCUUCACACAGCUUGCUCUUUCAGUAUAGAUGGGCAUGGGUACCACACAUCUCCUUUGCAUCACACUUUACGAUGUCAACUCUGUUCAUGUUGGUUUUCUCUGUGACAUGGUUCAGUAGCUCUCACAUGUAACAUCUUUUCAGUGAAGGCAACAGGCCUUUCAGAUACAAAUAACCUCAGCUAAGACAGAGUCUACACAACACCAAAGUAUCUGGAUCAGAAGUGAAAAAUUGCACACCAGAGAAAGCCCAGAUGUCCUUUUGGGGAAUUCUAGAUGUUGUAAAUGUUUAUGCAAAUUCAGAAAUGCACUCCACGUUUCAAAUAUUAAAUAAAUAGAGUUCAGUGAUGUCAUCAAUUUUCUUCACCUGGAUAAAGUCCUUAACAAUCGUUUGGUCUGUAAUCCUCCUUUGGAGUCUUGGUCAGAAAUCUUUUCUGUCUCAGAACAAAGACGACUACACUGAACAGGGUGCCUUCAAAGUCCUUUUAGCUUUGUUUUGCGGUAAUCCAUGGGGGGAAAAAUGAUAAAGAAAUUGAGAAAGUAGCCCUCAGAUGAGUUGGUAAUACAACCCAGAUUUAAAAUUUACAAGUUUUUAACCCAAUGGACAUUAGCAUCCAAAGUAUGUUCUCUGCCACCCAGCUGAACACCAUAGUGGCCAAAAUUAUCCACUGAGAUCUCUUCAGUUCAUGACUUCCUCAUAACAAUUAAACUUGUAUGAAAUAAAGGGCUUUGACAUAGACCCUUUGAAGGAUGUCUUCCCCUCCUUCCCAUAAUUCUGGUUGUCUGAAACUGAAACUGGUUCCUUGAAAUGCCCUUAUGCCAAAUUUCAUGCUUUCAAGAAAACUACUCACAAAAAUUUUAAAAAGAAAUGUUAGGCACCAUUUUUCUUCACAGAUCACCAAAUCAAAUGUUGUAGUCAAGAACCCUCCUAGUUUGUUUUAGGGCACUCAAGAGUGUGCAACUAAAAAAAUCCCAACUUCAGAGUGAUGCCCCCUCCCUCAGUUACCCGAGGGUGCCACCCAGGGGAAGCUGCGCAUCAGGUAAUCAAUCAAUCUCUUUGAUAAAGAAUUUGUCACACUUUUCAGUCUGUUAUAAUCACUAGCUUAUCCAGAACCAGAUGAAAGUGGGGUAGAGGAAGAGACAUCCUAUUUUGGCUUUCUUAAGGGCUAAAUAAACCCUUUCUGUACUGAGGACCAGUGGUGGAGCCAAUAGGUCAGUUGGUCUGACAUGAAAAUUUGGAGUGUCUUAAUGUUCAUUAAAUUACAGAUCCACUAUUGUUUCACUUCCCAAGUAUACUCAACCUGGUUAUAGGCCCAGCCUUAAUAAUCUUGAGAAUUCAAUUAGAAGGAAUAAUCCUUCCCUGAAAACUAAAGCUAAUACUACACUCAAAGGCAUCAGUGAAUGUAUUUUUCCCUUGUCUGCAUUCCACUUUGUUGGGAGACUGGUGGAUUUUUUUUUUAGUAAUCAUUUGUCAAAUAGUUUGUGAAAUGUAUGACCCAAAUGCUGCAGAAGUCAUGAAGUAGGUCUGAGUGCUAUAAAAAAACCAAGUUGUAGCUAAUCAUCUUGCUUAUUUAAAAAAAAAAGAGGGGAAAAUGCAUUAAUAUUUAUUAGCAUUAAGGUUCUAAAGCAAAAUGUGUUAUUUUUGCUUAUGGUUUGUUAGUUUGCUCUAACCCCUGCCCAUUGUUUGGGCACCAUGAUGGCCUCCUAAGGGAAAGAUAGCACCAUGGGAAUGAAAGGAAGAUUGUGCUAUGUUGUUUUUUUAGCUGUUGGAGCCCCAGAUGCCACAAGUCAUGACUGAAAACUGAAUUUUCUCAUUGUAUUAAGCUAUUUAUUUAAGACCACCUGAGACUCCAAAAGGCACAUUAGAGGGGAUCCUAUAGAAAAUCUGUGCAUUAAGUGCCCCAAAGUAAAAAGUCUCUAAGUUAAAGUCAUGGAGAGUUUGGUGUUUAUAGUCAUCAUAGUCAUAGAGACUGAAUGCCCUGCUACCACCAGAAGCAUUGGUGCCCACUUCUUCUCUAACACUCUGUGCUUUACAGAGCACUUCACCUCUGCUAGUAUCACAUUCCAUCCUCGAAACAGCAUGUUGAGGUUAUCCGUUCUCUGAUUUGCAUGCUAGAUUUGCAGCCCCGGGUAUAUUUCCUCAAACUCGUGCCCUAGAUAACUCUCCAAGACUAUAAGUUAAAGUGCCAGCCUGUGUUGGCAGAGGGAGUUUCCUCACCUGGAUAUUCCUUUUACCAAUGACAAGUCCAGUCUCUAUCUUGACAAAGAAUAGAUUUUGAAUGAAAAUAUCCUUUUCCUUUUGCCUUUUCUCCUCUUUAAUCUGUGUUAUCACUAACUUUAGAUGUGUUAGGGUAUUAGUUUGAUGAGCACAGUUGGGUUCACUUCUAAGAAACUCUCUAAUCGUGUUUUGAAAAGAAUUAGGUAUAGAAAUCUAAUUGCACCUUAAAUUUUCCACACAUAAAAGUUUUCCUUCUAUUUCCCACACUCAAAUAUAGGACAGCAGAAACCUUUUUCUCUCAUCUUUUUGGUAUAUGAUAAAAAUGAAAAGAAGGCAAUUCUCUGUUAAGAAAGAUAAGAUCCAGGUUUUGAAGGGGUUUUUGUAACUUUUUUCCCUCUUUCAUUUCAAAGUAUGGCCUUUAAGAAGUUUUUGCUGCAUUAUUAAUUGGCCUACUUUUUUCCCACGGUUUCAUCUUUGUAUAGAAUGCAAGAAAGAAUGGCGAAGUGCAAGCCAGGAAACCUGGGUUUUUGGUGGUUAUACCUUAAUCCUAAAUGUGGCUAACCCUAAUACUAAUGGUGUCUGUGCCCAUGAUAAUCUCUCUCUCUGCACCUGUUUCCUUCUCUUUAAAAAUAGGACAAUAGACUGGAUUAUUAUUGGUCUUUUCCAGCCCUUGUUCAGUCAUUUCAGUCUGACUCUUUGUGACCCCAUUUUAGGUUUUCUUGGCAAAGAUACCGGAAUGAGUUAACAUUCCUUCUCCAGCUUAUUUUACAGAUGAGGAAACUGAGGCAGAAAGGGUUAAGUGAUUUGUCCAGGGUCACAAAGUAGUAUCUAAGACCAGAUUUGAAUUCCAGAAGAUGAGUCUUCCUAAAUCAAGGCCUGGUACUUUAUCUACUGUGUCACCUAGUUACCCCCUUCCAACUCUUAGAAUCUUAUGAAUCUAUCCCCGAUAUUAUGAUGCCCAAUUAUCAUGAGAAACCCAGAAACUAGUAUGCUGGGAUCAGAAGUUUGUUUUUUCCUUUCUAACAGUUCACCCUCUGGCUCUUUCUAUACUAUGAGAGAGACUUGGAUUUAAAAUGAUUAUCAGUCUAAGAAUAAAACAGAGAAUCAAUUGUUUUAAUCACCCAGUUAAAUUUUUUUUAAGUCAGUUGCUUGGCAUCACCAAACAAAAAAUAAUGACAAAAUGACAUUUUUUCCCUUACUUUAAGUAAUUGUUUUCAUAUUCCCAGCUCAAUUCAGCUAGUUGGUUUAGCCCUUUUUUUCAAUAGGUACCAGUCAAUGGAAUUGUGAGAUUGCAGAUCUAGAGUAUAAUCUUUGUGUUUUAAUGAUAAAAAUCAGUGGUAGACCUGGCACUUAAACCCAGAUCGUCUGGCCCCCAACCCACAGUAUUUCUGCUUUUCCAGGUCUUCCAGAUGCCCUUGGUCUCUAAUCCUUUAAGGAAGCCAAUCUAAUUGGAUAGAUUUUUUUUUUCAUUACCAUAAGUUCCUCAGUGCUCUGUUACACACAUUUUGCUGUGGUGACUGCAUUAGGUUUGGGAAAGUAACCUAUUAGUCUUUCACUGAGACCUCCUGGUACAUCCUACCCCUUUUGUCAUUGUUAUUCAGUUCUUUCAGGUUCUUUAUGACCCCAUUUGAGGUUUUCUUGGCAAAAAUAGAAGAGCAGGUUACUUCUUUAUUCAGCUUAUUUUACUGAUGAGGAAACAGAGACCAGAAGGGUUAAUGACUCGCCCAGGGUCACAUAGCUAGUAAGAGUCUGAGGCCAGAUUUGAAUUUAGAUCUUCAUAACUCCAAGCCUGGGUCUCUAUCCACUGUGCCACCUCACAGCUCCUACUGUACCCCUCAGGUAUUGUUUUACAAAAACCUUUAGAUUAUCCCUUAAUAAAAGGAGAUGUUAUGGUCCCUUCUUUGGUGAAACCCUAUCCUAUGUAGACAAGAGCCCUGCAAGGCCAAGCAUCUGUUCAAAAAUAUGAAGAUAUAUAAAGACAUGGAUGGAUGGAUGGAUGGAUGGAUGGAUGGAUGAAUGGAUGGAUGGAGAGAGAGAAAGAGAGAGAGAGACUCAUAUUUUGCCAUUGAAAGAAAGAGAGGCACUGUUUCUGGCUCAUUGAAAUAACAUUCUUAAAACUAUGGAUCAAUUUUCUCAGAUUUCAGGAGAAUCCUUUACAAAGCCACCCUCAUCCCUUAAUCCUCCACCACAAAAGAAUCUCUGAUGAAAUAAAUCAAUCCAAAGAAAGAGUCCUCAACAUCAUGAUCAAAUCUACAUUUCCAAGCCUACAAGUCCCUCAGGAUCCUAGCCUGCCUCUGCCUGCUCUCCUGUACACACGACUAAGGAGUUAUUGAUAUUCUACAUUAACAUGGACCCAGUUGAAGCCUCUAACCAGGGUCCCAGGGUGACCAGUCACCUGUUUCAGCUGAUUCAGCCAUAGAGCAGGGUCUGAAGUCCUGGCCAAUGCCUGCCUUCUGUGGUCAGUAGAAGUUAUGGUUUCAUAUGGACACCCUCAGGUUCAGAGUCUGCUGUGUGGCCCUUGUAAACUGGCCACAUAUACAAAGAUAAGUUUGGGAAGUACCCCCACGGUCAGAACCUUGACACAUCAUCUUAUAAUUUGCAGCGCUCUUUAUAUGAAUGAUCUCCUUUGAGGUAGCUCACAUGAGGUGUGUGCUUCAAAUGUUAGCCCCAUUUUCCAGAUACGAGACUGAGGCCCAAAGAGAUGAUGGCACACAAGAGGUCACAGAGGUAGUAUCAGAGUUGGGGUUGAACUCAGAUCUUCCAGAUUACCAGGCUAAUACUUUUGCCUGUUGCUUUUCAGCAUCUUCACAGUCUGAACCAACAAGCAUCUUGCAUGGUUUCAUGAUGCUCCUCUGAUGGUGGGAUGUGUGAAGAAGGCUUCUGACUGGGAUUAGACCAAUCUGGUGAAUAAGAGCAUCGGACCCAAGUGGCUGGCUCUGCUUUGGGGAGUCCUAUAGACCUAGCCACAUAUUUGGACUGUGAAGAUGCUGAAAAGCAGCAGGCAAAAGACCUGAAUCCAAAUCCAGCCUCAGAUACGUAGCUAUAGUAAGUCCCUAAACCUCAGUUUCCUCAACUGCAAAGUAGGGAUAAUAAGAGCUCCUAUCUCCCAAGGUUGUUAUGAAGAUCAAAUAAACUAUCUAUAAAGUGUCUCAGCAUUGUGCCUAAAUACAUAGUAGGUACUUUAUUUUGUUGUUCGGUCAUUUUUCAGUCAUGUCCAACUCCCCAUGGCUCCAUUUUUAGAGUUUUCUUGGCAAAGAUACCAGAGUGGUUCGCCCUUCCCUUUUUGGACUCAUUUUACAGAUAAGGGCAGUGAGGCAAACAAAGUUAAGGGACUUGCCCAAGAUCACCCAGUUAUAGUAAGUAUCUGAGGCCAGAUUUGAGCUCAGAAGACGAGUCUUCCUGAUGCCAGGUCCAGCUCUCUAUCCACUGUGCCGCCUAGCUGUCCUAGACCCUUGAAGAAUGCUAUGAAGAAAUGAUAUAACAACUGUCUAAAGCAAAUGUUUCAGACCCUGCUAAUGCUCAUCUGUGAGCUUUCUCUUAGAUAUGGAUUGGGAAUGCUUUGGAAACACCAGCUAAAUAUAACUAGGUAGCUAUAAUGUGAUAUAGGGGCAGACAAAGGUAAACAGAUAGGAAAAUUGGAAGAAAAAUCUGCCAUUGGAAAGAAAAUACUCUAAUGGACAUGAUAAAUGUAGACACAUCCAAAGAAUGCAAACAAGAAAUGUGUGUUCCACCACCAAUAUGGGCUUAGCUUAUGAUACUCCUGGUAAAAAGAUACGCCCAAAUCUCUAGGGAAGGAGGAGAAGAACAUACUAUAUAGCCUCCUAUUUGCAACCAAACCAGAAAUGGAAGUAAUUGUCCAGGAUCCUGUGGUACCAAGAUUGGCAUCAUCACUGGGCCCCAUAGGUCCAUUUCAGGGGAAGGACUCCACAGAUCAUCACUGAAGAGACCAGUUUUGUCCAGGCCUGAAUUGACAAAGUCUACCUGUGAAGGAAUAUGACCAGACGCAUCUUAAUUACAGAGACAAAUAAGCGGCCAGCAUGGACUUCAAGCCCUUUCAGCUGUCACUCAAAAAACAAACCCCAAAAAUCAGCCACAAGGUGAACUAGCAAGUUUAAAAGUUUAAAGGCAAGUUUCUAAGUGCUAGCCCUCAUUCUUUGUGUCACCAUAACCCAAGCUGUAGUUUUCAUUUUCUUUUUGACUCCCUCCUUUAGCAGUUUAUUUGAUGAGAGCUUUGCAAUAAUGGGAAAACAAACCUGGGAGUCAGAUGACUUGGGUUCUACUUCUUUAGCUGCCACUAAUUGACCUUGAAAAUGUCGUAUCCCCGUUAUGGACUUCAGGGUGUCCAUGCAUAAAAUGAGAAACUUGAAUUAGAUGGUUAUCAGUUCCUUUUCAGCUCUAACAGGCUAUAUAUCUUUAUUAUUUUGUCCUUUAGGAAGAUCUGUGUCUUUUCCACAGGUCCUAAGAUCGGCAUGGGUCUACAAUUAGGAUGUCCGGGGAAAGGAUUCUGAUUCUUGAUUGGAGAGCAUGGUGGUUUUUUACAUGCCUGGCUCCCAAGAACCAUGAAAUCAGAGAGACCACCUCCUUUCUCAGUCAUCUUUGGACUGGACAGCCCAUACUCUACUGUCAAAAUGGAAAGUCAUGUCAAGAAAAUAAGGCCCCAGAAUUUGUACAGGCAAAGAUGACUGACCAACUUAGUCAAUUAUUUAGAUAAGAUAGACAGAAAUCUUGGAUUUUGUUUUGGUAGCUGUUAUUGGUUUUUAUUAGACUCAUCAAAGUCAUAAAAUCAAAAGUAUUCAAAAUUAAAGUUUGACAUCCAGAAAUGCCUCCCCUGUGGGCAGGUCAGGAUAAAAGAAUAAUGAAGAACAUGAGAAAUAAUCAUGAGAAUAGGAAGGAGGAUGGAUGGUUAGAUAGAUGGUCAAACCACAUGAGAGCACUCAGAGGUGAUUCAUUUUGUAGUAAUUGUUUUGUUGGGGGGUUUUUUAACCCUUAACUUCUGUCUUAGAAUCAGUACUAUAUGUUGGUUCCAAAGGCGGAAGAGUGGAAAGGACUAGGCAAUGGGGGUCAAGUGAAUUUCCCAGGGUCACACAACUAGGAAGAGUCUGAGUUUGAACCCAGGAUAUCCCAUCUCUAGGCCUGGCUCUCAAUCCACUGAGCCACCAGCUACCCCCUGAAGUAAUUCUUUAUGAGUGAUUUUUUUCAUGGACUCUGUGGUACCAAGAGUGGCAUCGCUACUGGCCCCACAACUACACUUUAGGAGAGGGAAGCCACUAAAAAGAAGAGCAGAGAAUUUUGCUAAACAAAGAAACCCUCAGAAAUAGUCAAGGUAUUUCCAUGGACUGUGACUCAAUAAUGUAGCUCAAGAAACAAAUAUUCUGGAUGCAAAUGAGAAGUGCUCCCAUAAAUGACAUUUAAACUGUCCCCCAGAUACUAGAAAGAUGAUCAUCUGUGCUGACAAGUUCUCAUAAAAUGUGCAUUUGGAGCUAACUUUCUGGAAUAAAUAGAGGGGACAAAAAGGUUGUAAAGCAGCUUUGUAUAAUUUAAAUCUUAUUUUCCCUUUGAUUUCCAUUAUAACAUUGGAAAUGUACUUCUGUUUUUAGAAAGUUGGCCCAACAAUGUGUUGUUGUUGUUGUUGUUGUUUAAUUAUAAAGAAGACUACAGUAAUCCUACUGAACCAACAUUUUCCAAGAAAAAAUUAGAGGUAGUAUGGUACAAUGAAAAGGCAUGUUGGAUUCGACCCAGAGGAUCUGGGUUCCAAUUCUGCCUCUGCUAUAGGGGGCUGGUGUGACUUUGAACAAGCCACAUAAGCUCUCUGGGACAAAGAUUCCUCAUCUGUAAAAUGAGGGAGUCAGAUUAGAUGAGGUCCCUUUUGGCUCCAAAUCUAUGAUCCAAUGAGAUUGAUAAUAUUUAAAACAUCACCCAGGAUCAAUGCAGUACAGAUGUGCACCUUAGUGCAAAAGCAUCAUAAGAAUGAGGUGUGCCCUGUCAGUUUCUUUUCGAUACAGGUCCUCUCAAGUUAAGCCCUCAACCUAGGCAAUGUUCCCUGUUCAAAAUGAAGCUUAUUAACUCCCAGCCUCACAGCUCUGGGCCAGACCUUUGUUCUUCAGGACUUUAUCUUCUAAUUUGCUUUCUGUGGCUUUCUCUCCUCUCUCACAUUCACCUAUUUUCUUUCUUUCUUUCUUUUUUUUUGGCCUUGGUUGACACUUUCUACAUUUAAAGGGUUGUUUACACUUUUGUUCUUUUCCUAAUUCUUUGUAAAUUCUUUAUUCUGAAAAAAAAAUAUGAUAGAAAUCUCUUUUUUUACCAUCCUCAUAGAGGAGUCUAGGGCCUUGCUUAAAAGAAUUUUCUUGAGUUUAUUAUUUCUGUAAGUUUGGGUUUACAAAAGUGAGUUACCCCUAAAUAAGGGACAUCUAUGGAGGAAGGGUAUGUGCAUGUGUGCACAUGUGUGUGUGCAAAGUUCUGUUAGGAUGGAGAGGGGAAAAGAAAAGAAAGAAAAGAACUCUUUUCAUUUGGAAUGUAUCUUUAUAAUGGAGACCCAAGAGGUCCUCAAAAGGCUAUAUAUGCUCAUUGGCCACAGAAAGAAAUCUGAAAUCUGGAAGCCUGUUGGGAAAAGAUGGUCCAUGGCCAAGGGGCUUUCUCCUUUUGGGACUGGGCCUUCAGGCAGACUCAGUGUUUGGGUUGUUAGAUUGUGUCUUUGUUUUUGUUUUGUCCUUUGAGCUGAGAAUUGUAAAAAAUAAAAUUAACAAAUGUAAAGUAGAAAAGGAUGCUUUUCUUAGGUUAAAAGAUAAAAGCUGUACAAUUGUGUAAAUGUUACUAUUCAUUGUGUGUAGCAUAGUGUAAAAUAGACUUCUUGGCAGUGUUACUCUGUGAAUUGUAAUUUAAAAACAAGCCAUGCAUGGUCAGAGAUAAUAUCCCUGUGUGUGUUUGGUCAUUGUUGAUCCUAUCAUGAUCUUUGUUGCUGUUGUUGUUUACUCAUUUUAGGUAAAAGGUUUUUGAUUUUUUUUAAUUGUUAAAUUGUUGAUAAAGUUACUUUUGUUAUGAUUGUUCUGACACUUGACUCCAUAAAGAACUUGAAACAAUAUAUGAGAAUUUGUUAAUCCACCAACAUGUCCUUAAUUGUCUACUGAGCCAUUUGGAUACAUUGACCCUAUGUGGGAUGAACCAAGAGGAAAUUUCAGUGUUCUCAAGUCCAUGUUUUUUUCCUUCCAAUAUGCCCCACCUAGAAGAUUGCAGUCUCCCUUUUCUUGACAUUUAGAGUCCAGCUGGGAGUCUGAAUUGAGACUCAUGACCCAGAUUUCUUGAUAUAUGCAAUGCGAUGCUGAUCUUUUCAGCAAUAUCUAAACUCACCUUGCAAUAAAGCUUUAUAAAACACCA